AUGGGAAUAGAGAAAAUUCGCACUACGCCCUAUCACCCGCAAUCGAACGGAAUCGUCGAACGAUGGCACCGAUCCAUGAAGGCAGCUAUAGUAGCUCGAUUAACUCCUAACUCUAACUGGAUUAUCGAGUUACCCACCGUGCUACUCGGACUACGCGCAGCCACACGAAGCGACACCGGUGUAAGCGCCGCCGAGCUAACAUACGGCUGCACACUACGCUUACCCGGUGAAUUUUUCACUCCGCCGUCAGCCACGCCUACCAUUAUGGAUUACGCCUACGUAGAAGACCUACGCCGAGCAAUCAACAGCCUACGACCAAUACCUACAGAGCCACAUAACAACAGCAGAGCAGUUUUCGUCCAUCCGCACCUACAAACUUGCGAGAGCGUAUUCAUGAGAGUAGAUGCCGUAAGGAAACCUCUAACAGCGCCGUAUGAAGGUCCUUAUCGUGUACUAUCGCGCACGGAUAAGUUUUUCACACUCCAGUUGCCAAAUCGACAAGCAACAGUGUCGAUAGACCGCCUGAAACCGGCCUACAUUCUCAAUGAAGACGAACCGACCGAAGAUACGACUACACCUGCAUCGCCUGAGAAGAACGCUCAUCAUACCAGUCCUCCACCAUCGAAUCGACCUACAUCGAGCACAGAAGAGAAGAAGACGCAGUCUGGCCGCAUUGUCAAGAGGCCGGUACGCUUCGCUUGA